AAUUCGAAGAAAUUGUGGGUGAACGCUGUUAGGAGAGUGUCUUCUGAACGAAGAACAAGAUUUAAUUUUGCGGACGUGGCUCUCUCCGCGAUGGAAUCGAAAGGUGAACUUCAUCCGAGACAACUUCAUAGAACGUAUAGUGUUCCGGACGGGAAAAGAAUAAGAAGGGUUAAUUUAGAAACCAGCCAAUCGAGUGAAAAAGGUGAAACAAUACCAACUUUGAUCGAACCAAAACCAAAAGAGCGAGAUAAGAAAGUCGAGUUGUUUCCGGAUUUAACUAAACAUAGAACUUCUUGUUUUAUGGACGAUGUAGAAACACUUCCGGAUGUCAAUAGUACAACCGUAUUUAAAGGAGGGAUUAUUUUUAAGGGUAUUUAUUUACCUAGUUUAACAAAUAGUUUUAAUAAUAAAAAUUUGGAGUUGGCUUAUUUGAGGUAUUCUCAUCGACAAAGACAAAAAUCUUUGAUUAUUGUUAACAUUGUUGAUUUAAUUUUAAAGGUAGCUUUGAUAUCUGUUUGUGCUGCUGAAACUAAUGUGGGAAGCGAUGUAGACGCUAUAAUAUGGUCGGUUUGUUCAAUGACUGCGAAUAUAGCAGUGUGUGUUUUAGGAUGGUGGAGAUGUUUUGCAAAUAAUUAUCUUCACUGGGCUGCACUUUGUACAUGGUUACUUUUAAACGUUCAAGGAUUUUUAGGAGAAGGAUUAGGUUUCGGUAAAACCGAAGAAUUAGUUUGGUAUGUUCUUUUUACGGUAUUCGUUCCAUACGCAAUGCUUCCUUUACCAUUAAGAUGGUGUAUGAUUGCUGGAUGUCUUUCGGCUGUUUGUCAUAUUAUUAUUCUCGUUAUAACACUAACAAAAAGCUCAGAACAUAGCGAUGAUUGGAAAGAAUGUUUUAAAGACCGUAUAAUAGCGAAUACACUUCUUUAUAUAACAGUUAAUUUUGCGGGAAUGUACACAAAAUACCUAACAGAUAGAAGUCAAAGAAAAGCAUUUUUAGAAACACAUAAAUCAAUGGAAACUCGUUACAAAACUCAAACCGAAAACGAUAAACAAGAAAAGUUACUUUUGUCAGUUUUGCCUGAUUUUGUUGCAAAAGAAAUGAUAAGAGACAUCGCGAACGAGGACGGUACGUUCGAAGUACAUCAAUUCCACAAAAUUUACAUUCAAGUACACGACAAUGUUAGCAUCCUCUUUGCGGAUAUAAAGGGUUUUACAGCCCUCGCCAGCCAAUGCAGUGCUCCAGAACUCGUUAAGAUCCUCAACGAACUGUUCGCAAGAUUCGACAAGCUCGCUGCGGAAAAUCAUUGUUUACGUAUUAAACUAUUGGGUGAUUGUUAUUAUUGUGUUUCCGGGCUUCCAAAACCUAGAACUGAUCACGCUCAUUGUUGCAUUGAGAUGGGACUACAUAUGAUUAAAGCUAUUAGAGAUAUUAGACAUAAAACGCAGGUAAGUAAAUAGAUUAUAAAGGAAUUGUUAAUUUAUGUGUGUUUCGGUUAAAAUACUUACUUAAUUUGGAAAAAUCUAGAAAUUAUUAUGAAGUUUAAAUUUGACACUUAUGUCAAAUGUCAUUA